AUGGUUCCCGAUUCCUCUCCCUCAGCAUCCCAGAGCGCAUUGCCGACUUCUGUGUCUAUGGACACGGAUCUAGAAAAACCCAUGUUGCCGGCGCCUCCCCCUGCGUUGGCGCACAUAUCAACUCUCGCAAGACAUAUUGCCACACAAGGCUUAAUGAAAGGUGCCGGGAGCGAUAUCACCCUUAAGGUCUUCAACAAGACCUACCGUCUCCAUCGCCUGAUCCUGACUCAAUCGGUCUUCUUUGAGACCAUGUUACAAGGCCCUUGGAAGGAACGCGCCCAGGACGUAGUCGAGAUCCAGAUCGAUGAUCCCAAUAUCACGCAGGAGGGAUUCGAGAUCGCCAUUGGGAAGCUGUAUGGUGUUUGGACCGAGGAGGACGACAGGGAUAUGAAAGACCCUCUGAGGGCCAAGGACACUACCGCAGGAAUCCAAAACGUCACCGCAGGCGGACAGACUAUCAGCGCAACCUCAUUAACGUCGCAGAAUGCACUCGCAGUUCUAGCAGCCGGCGCAUACCUGGGAAUCGAUGUGCUCUGUGAGCUUUGCACCACAUUCGUGAUCCGAACGCUUUCGAUCGAACACAUAUUGGAAUACGUGCAGUUCACCCACAACAGCAGCUACUACCCAUGGUCCGGGAAGAUCGCCGAGGCAUGCCGGGCCUAUCUCUGCAGGAAUGGAUUCGACGAUCCAAAGAUGAAGUGUCUCCAAGUAUUUGAGGGUCUACCAGCUUCGUGGCUGCUGAACGUGAUUGGAUCCGAUGCCUUCUGGGUGCCGAACGAGUGGGAGCGGUAUAAGUUCUGUCGACAGACAGUUUACAAUCGACGGAAAGCCAUAGCGCUGCUCGACUCUGCCUCGACAGCAUACGUGGAGACCGAUGACGAUGAAGCCGUGUACGAGGCCCUGUUCUCGACAAGCAUUGUUUAUAUGCACAUGACAUUUGAACAGCUGCAGGUGGUUAUGCAGGACCGUGAUCCGAUCUCUGGUCAGCGCUUCACGCACGCGGAAAUUGUCCAUGAAGCGCUUUGGCAACAGACGGAGAUGCGGACGCUGAUUGAGCAGAGCAACCGAGAAGAUGGUGCACUGGACGUCGUUGUGGAUGGCUCUGAGCCUUGGAAGAACCACACCCGACAGAGCAAUCUCAUCCCAGACCAGGAUAGAACUAUUGCAGGAGAUGCAAAUGACCCAGUGCAGCGCCUUGAUCCGGUGAAUCCAUUGAAUACGACGGCUGCGGGUCUGGGCGCGUUGAGUUCACCUCGGCAUUCGUUAUACGCACCAUUCCGAUUCAGUGUUGAGUUCGGGAAUGUGCAUUCGCUUCAGGAAAAUGUGCGCGUCUACUCCGAUGUGAUCUUCUAUGCUGGAUCCUACUGGAAUGUGUAUAUCCAGAAGCUAUCCUCAUCAAAAGGCCUGCAACUCGGUGUCUACUUGCACCGCCAUUCCUUGCCACAGGUAUCGCGCCCGUCCAAGAGACCGAAUCGAUCGACGCAGCCUUCUACCGAAGUCUCUCGGAACCCAUCGUUGCCGUUUGCCAUGUGGACAGGAUGGGGUCUCAGGGGGAACCACAUAGAGCAACGACAGCCACAGCAGCCCUCAAAGGCAUCGAUUGUAUCCUCACGGUGUUCGAACACUCACUCGCACCUAUCGCCCCCUCAUCAAGAACAAAACGCCCCUGCAGAUUUGGUGCAUAUCCCGGACCUGCCAGAUCUUGAAAAGACUGCGUUGGUUCCGAUUGAAGAGUCGUUCAGUUGUCAUAUUGACAAACGAGACAACACACGGACAUGGUUCAAGAUCUUUGCGGCCUCUCAAGGACCCUCACAUACUGUCAUGCAGUUUCAAAGCAGCCCUGAUGAUUUUAUGCUAAUGCAAAGCUGGGGAUGGCGUUCGUCCAGUCUGUGCACAGCUGCAUACAUGCCCAACGACUCUGAGCCCGCGAAUGACGAGGAGACCAAAUUCCGAACCGCAUGUGCUUCACCCUCUGCAAUCGAGCAAGAUCCUUCGAUCCAGCCAAAGACCUGGAAGGGAAAGCAAGUAGAUGCACAGCUGGACAUGAGCCGCAGGGUAGCGGAUCUGGCGAUUAGCGACCAUACACCAGUCCAGAACCAUAGAGCAAGAAGCAGCAGCAAUGACCUGGAAGUGGACGAGGGGCUGUCGCCUAUGGGGGUUGACGACGAUGUGAAAGACGGGCACGAAAGCGCUGUAGCUCAGAUCCAAAUCCAUCGCAGUGCAGAGGUGACGGAUCCAGAGUGCAGUUGCGUAGCCCAAGAGACGUAUGGGCGCCAUCACCACCACCAUCCUCUCUUGCCAUUGACGCUCAAGUUCAGUAUCGUCAUGGGCGUUGUCUGA